UGGCGGGUAGAAUGGCUCGUGUUUUUGUGUAUGGAACCCUUAAAAAAGGCCAGCCCAACUACCAGCACAUGAAAAAUGGUACCCAUGGGAGAACAAAAUUCCAAGGCAGGGGACGCACCAUGGAGAAAUACCCUUUGGUGAUUGCAGGAAAAUAUAACAUUCCUUUUUUGCUGAACAUCCCAGGAACUGGACACCAUGUUACUGGAGAGAUUUAUUCUCUUGAUGACCAGAUGCUGCAAUUCCUUGACGAAUUUGAAGGUUGCCCAGACAUGUAUCAACGUACUCCAGUGAGAAUUGUAGUAGUAGAGUGGGAAGGUAAAAGCAGUGCACCUGAAGAGAGGCCAGCUGUUAACAGCAUUAUGGAAUGCUUUAUGUACAGCACAACUACCUACCAGCCAGAGUGGAUAAAUCUCCCUUACUAUGACAAUUAUGAUUCCUUAGGGAAUCAUGGUCUUCAUUAUGUGCUACGUGAAAGUAGAGAUUAAAAAUGGAAGGUAACACAAUGUAUUAAGAAAAUGCACUAAACACAUGUUGAUCACAAGCCUCUCUCAAGUAAAUCUAGAAUACUUUUAUUGAAGCACCUAAGACCUUUUGUAACCUUUCUAACCACAAAAGCAUUGAUUCUAACAUCAUUAUCAUAGAGAUACAGACUCUAAUGCCAAGCCUGGCAAAAUUUUACUUGUUCCCUCGGCCAAGAUGAAUAAUUGUUUUUGAUGGGUGAGUAAAAUACUUUGUGUUUGGGUUUUUUCUUUCUUUUGUAAAAUCAAGGUAAAAGGGCAGCUGAGUAGAAGGGUUCUUCACGCUAACUGGUAAAGUUUCAUGUCAGUUUUGUAAAACUGGUAAAACAAUAGUGCUACUGCAAGAUAAUGAAAUAUGGCUGAUUUCAGUAUAUUGGAAAAACAGCUCAGAUCACUUCACGACACUCCUCAGUCAGUAUGUGUCUCACAAGAAAACAAUUACAUCUAUGUCAAAUGC